CAGUACGCCGUGCUUGUGAAUACGGUAUUUUCUUCACCAGGCCAGGCCAGGCUGCUAGUUGUGCCCCUUGAUAUACUAUUUGCACAUACAUAUACAUUUAUAUAUAUAUAUAUAUAUAACAUAAUCACAUACACAUAUUACAUAUACAUACGGGAAUAUAUACUAUAAUACUAUACUAACGGAAAAAAGCAGGAACGACGACUUAUCGCCUCCGUUUUUUUUCUUCCCUCCCUGCGAGCGUGUGCGUGUGUGUUUUUUUUAUAUAAGAUGGGAGCAUAUUUAACGAAACCCAUUACCAAGAAGAUUUCCUCCGACAAAGUUGGGAAAAAUGUAGCGUUCGGUGCGAGUUCCAUGCAAGGUUGGCGUAUCAGUCAAGAGGAUGCCCACAACUGUUGCAUAGAGUUUGACAAAGAUGUUUCUUUAUUUGCUGUAUACGAUGGCCAUGGUGGACACGAGGUAGCUACAUAUUGCGCUCGUAAUCUUCCCAAUUUUAUUAAAGAAACAGAAGCUUAUAAAAGAGGUGAUAUCAGACAAGCAUUGAUCGAUGCCUUUUUGGGUUUUGAUGCUACAUUAGCUAAACCCGAAGUAAUUAGUAUUCUUAAAGAACUUGCAAAUCCAUCACCUCCAGGAUGUGAAGAGGAUGAAUUUAACGACACUGAUGAAGAAGAAAAUAUUAGCGAUCUACAUUUAGAAGCUGCAAUGCCGGUAGACCAAGUUAUAGCAAGUUAUCAAUCAGAGAUGUGGAAUGUUCAGCCUAAUCAUGCUGAAAAUGAGAAAUGUCCCAAACGCGCGUGUCCAUACUUAGUAGUAAGAAAAGGAAAGGAUAAAGCUAGUUGUUCGUCAUCUGGUGCCGGUUGUUCAUCUUCAUCAUCUGCAUGGAAUACAAACGAAGCUGACGUUAGUAGCUCUAGCCAACCAUGUGGUUCCUCUGUAUCAGUCACAUUGAAAAAAAAAGAAUCAUCUGGGAGUAACGAAGCAGAGCAAGUUCUUGACUCUACCACAAGCAAUGGAAAUAUACAUGCAUCAGUACCUGUAGUAUCUACCGCUGAUAUGGAAACCGCUAAAUCUGCCGACAUGCCGGAUAGUUCAGAAGAUGUUAAGGAAAAAGUAUCCAGUCCUGGAAAGUCGGCAUGUUCGGUAACAGUUACAAACGAAGUUGAAUUAAAUGGAGCAAAAUCAAAAAGAAUAGAAGGUGCGGAUAGUAGUAAAGGAGGGGGUGACAACGUAUCAAGCAGUUCUUGUACACCCGUAGAAAAUGGAGAUGCUGGACAGCAGGAAAGAAUAAGUAGCAGUGGUCGAAGAAGAGUUCAAUCGAGCGAGCUUUACCAAAGUUUUUUAAAAAGAAAAGAUGAUGAGUUGGAAGCGGAUGAUGAUGAUGAUGAUGAUGAAAAUGAUGAAACAUUUAAUGGAGUACUUGAAAGUGAUGAAGAUGAUACAGAAGAUGUUGACGAAGAUGAAAGCGACGAAGAAGACGAAGAUAAAAAAGAUAUGGAUGAAGAUGAUGAUGAGGAUGAAGAUGAAGAAGAUUCUGCAUUAAAUUUGGAAGAGCCAGGUUCGGACAGUGGAUGUACAGCAGUUGUCGCCAUACUCAAAGGAAACGAACUAUACGUAGCUAAUGCAGGAGAUUCUCGAUGCGUUUUGUGUAGGGAUGGUCAAGCUCUUGAACUCAGUUUAGAUCAUAAACCAGAAGACGAGCCAGAAAUGGAACGUAUUAUAAAGGCUGGUGGAAAAGUUUCGUUAGACGGCAGAGUGAACGGUGGCCUUAAUCUUUCGAGAGCACUUGGAGAUCAUGCAUACAAAAGAAACACAGUUUUGCUACCACAGGAACAAAUGAUAUCUGCGCUUCCAGAUGUAAGGCAUAUUACUAUUGAACCAGAAAGGGAUGAAUUCAUGAUAUUGGCUUGCGACGGUAUUUGGAAUUUUAUGUCGAGCCAGGGUGUUGUACAAUUCAUUAAAUCACGUUUAACCGAAAAGUAUGAUAACAUUUCUAAAAUUUGCGAAGAGUUAUUUGAUCAUUGUCUCGCACCAGAUACUUUUGGCGAUGGUACAGGUUGUGAUAAUAUGACGGCAGUGAUCGUACGAUUUAAACCACCAUCCUCAAAUGCAACGAACGCAACAAUAGCCGAAGUUUGUGUAAAAGAUAAAAGAUCAUUGUCACCUUCUAGCCCUAAUAAAGAGAGCAAUGAUUGUUCUACCGAGGAAAAUAGAAUGCAAUCUUGUAAACGUCUUAAAACAGAAGCAGCUAUUUAAAUUACCAACUGAAAACAUUGAUUUUAUAAACUACUGAUCUCCUCUUCUUUCCAAGAGCAGAUGGAUGAAUGUGAAAUUCAUUUUCAAACAAUGUAUUACAUUGUAAAACUGUUCAUUGAAGAUGGAUGUAUAAUCAUAAACGUACAGUAACGAUUAGUUACUACAUAAAUGUGUGAUGAAGGAAGAGAAGUGCGUUAGUUGGUGGCUGUUGGUUAUAGACUGAAAGAUAUUGGAGCAUAUGAAGAUGAUACGUUGCUUCUUUGUUUUUACGUUUUAUUUACAAAAUAUUUAACGAUCAGAAGAAGUAUAUGUGCAUUUGUGUCUGAAAGAGAGAAUACAAGAAUUUCUUUUUUCUUUAUUUUUAAUAAAUCAGAUAGAACACAUAAAAAUGUUAAAAGUCACAAAUUCGGUUAAAUGUGUGUAAAAAGCCACACAUUGUAAAUUAUAUGUAAAUGAAGCUCUUUCUCUCUCCUUUUUUUUCUUUAAUUAUUUAAUUUAGCUUUCUAAGCAAUGUUAAUCACUUAUCAUCUCAUUUGCUCCAUUUAAAUUGACGAAAUAUUCUCUUUAAGUUGUUAGCCUACUUAUAAUAUAGUAAGUAUAUGUAAUUGUAUAUAUUUAUAAAAUUUAGGGUAUAGGAUUUAUAUUUGUAAUAAUUCUAAACACUAUACAUACACAUAUAUAUAUAAACACACACACGCGCAAUACUGAACAUAAACACAGGUACACGAACAGAAACCGUUUCUUAUCUUUACAAAAUAAAGUUUAUUUUUGAAUCCCUGGGGUACAAUGGUUGAACGGGCAUAAUCUUUGAGCAUAAAAAAAAAUCUUUCAUUGCAGAAUUAAGACGUCCGCUUAUCAGAUGUUAUCGUUCUAUGAUUUUUUGUAUUGAUAAUAUUGUUAACAGAAAAAAAAAGGAAAAAAACGUAAUAAUAAUAAUAAUAUAUUAUUAAUAAUAAUAAUAAUAUUAAUAAUAAUAAUAAAUAAAUAGUAAUCUCACGUUACGUUACUUUAAAAGUGCCAUCGCACUUUUGUCAAUGAAUUCGAAUGCUCCUCCUUUAUGUAGAAAAACUAAUACGAUGAAUAAUUGAAAUUUUUCAUCGACAGUAUUCGAUAUAUUUACGUACGUACAUAGAAAAAAGAUCAAUCUGCAAAAACUUAUGUAUAAUAUUAUAUACUAUACUAUAAUGUACCACUUAAGGGCAUCUCGUGUGCGAGAAUUCAUCAUUUGUGACAUAUAAUUAUUGUACGAUAGAAAAUAAGAAGUAAGAAAAACAAUCAUUUCUCGACAACAAAAUGUAAAUAUAUGUCGCUCCCAUUUAACUGUACUAAUUCGAAUUACGUUCAUUGAUUUUAUCGAAAGAAACAAAUAAGAAAUAAUACGUGAAACGAAAGACCUAAUUAAAACAAAACAAAAAGAAAUGCAAAAGCACAAAACGUUGUUGUGGUGGUGAUGCCUAAAACUGUAAUCGCUGCUGAAAGAAAACAAAAGAAAAGAAAAAAAAAAUACAAAUAUAAUAACUCGAUGAUUCUCUCGUGUCGUAGAAUGUUCUCAAUGAAAUUGUCAAUACGGAUUGACAAACUGUUUGUAGAUUUUUAUAACGAUACUCGUGUACCGAGUCUUCAGAGUAUCGAUUCAAAAAAAAAAAUAAAACUGAUGUGCCUUUUCAAUUCAGGGGUUUGUCAACUUAACCGAUAUGUGUACUGUGUAACUCUUGACACCAUUAUUAUUCUCAUUAAGAAGGGUUCUCUCGUACACCCCCUUACCACCCUCAACCCAUCAAAAACCCCCCUCAAACCCCCUUCAUGCAUUCUUUUAAGCUACAAACUUCGACUCAAACUUAUGUACAAUAGUAAUAUUCUGAUUCAUAAUAUAUGUUCAUUCGAUUAGUCUAUAAAUUAA